AUGAGCUACAUCUGCGCACAUUUGUCCAAACGCAUCAAUCAGCUUGGGACAGACUUCGAUUAUACUCAAAACAGGCAACUGAACCAGGAUGCCGCUACCACUUUUCUUCUUCUUAGUCUAUCGCAUGAAGUCCUGGGAUAUCCUUAUAGCGCGAGAUUGGAAUUCGAACACGCGGCUCAAUUUCGAGAUGAAGUCAUUUCUUCUGAUACGUGGGACCCAACAAGAAAAGCAGCUCUGGAUAAGUGGGUCGAGAUAGACAGACGGAUUGGAGAAACACACACCGCCACCAUCAGCAGUAGUUUGAUCAACAAGAUGUACAGAACUGGUUUAUCUGCCGAUGAGCGCGUUCUGGCUCCACCCGCCACAAACUGA